UCCACAAGGCGCAGCAUCGUGGUGGGCGACGAUGUGAUUCCUUGUCUCCCAACAGCAAUCAAGUGCAAUUUUGCUGUGCUCUACGAGACCCAUCAAUUCCCCGCAUCUAACGAUGAAUGGGUUGAUCCAGCUCAAAACCGCACCACGGACCUGUCCAACAAGACGGGCACCGUGCUCCGAGUGGUCGAUUUUCCAGCGAACACGGAAACCAUCUUCCAUCGGACAGAAUCUCUGGAUUACGGGAUUCUGCAUAGCGGGGAGAUUACCUGUCACCUCGAUGAUGGAGUUCGGGUGGACAUGAAGGCCGGCGAUGUUUGCAUUCAGCGAGGUACCAUCCACGGAUGGACAAACUACUCCGAUAAGCCUGCAAGAAUGUAUUUUAUACUCUCUGGUACGAGGUCUCAGGCACGACUCGCAUCAUGGGCUGAAGCUAACCCGAACAUAACAGCAGCUCAUCCGGUCACGAUUGGAGAGAAGGUUCUUGGAGCCACGGGCUACUCGAAGAAUGCAGUCUCCUCUGGUGGGAAUGCCGACUAG